CCGCUUUGGGUGAGCCCCACUUCUCUCUCUGCCCUUUGCUCACUUGCGCCCUCUCUCAAAAAAAAAAAUACUAUGAAAUGUUGGUUGUAAAGGAGUCCAGCCAGAGCGAAGCCACGCGCUCAGCUGUGCCACCGGCUGCUGUUGUGGGCCUGUCACUGCCCGCGUGCUUUCGCAAAGUGCCAUUUCUCGGCCUUCUCCUCAGUGUAGUGCGUCACCGCCGGUUUCCCCUCCCCAGCGUCCUACAGGGCUGUGACAGCCACAUGACAGCGCGUGCGCUGCAGGCGGUGUGGUUUUCUUCGAGUCCCUCACGGAGACACAGUGACUCCAGGCUCCCUUCCCUCCCGUGGGGCGCACCGUGGUCCCGGUCAAAGGGUCAAUUCCCAUUUUGUGUGUGGUUGAAUCGCCAUCCGGAAUCGAUGUUUAAGUUCACCUUCUCCCAGCGAGGCAAGGCGACCGUCCCCACAGCCUUGCCCAACGUGGGAGGGGUCGUUGACACCUUUUCCCCUGCGGACACCGUAAGGUGGGGUCUUGUUUUUCUGAGAGUUUCAAAAGUUUAUUUUUAUUUUUUAAGAGUGUGCGUGCGAGGGGCCGGGCGAACGUCAGCUCUGCGUGCCCCGUGGGGUGCGUGCACGUGUGUGUGUGCACAUGUGCGUGCGCCUCCUCCUUCGUGGGAAGCCGCUUUCAUUCAGGCGUGUUCCACGUUCCCCUCCACCGCCCGCGGGUCCGGAGUCACCCCUUGGCCGGGUGGUGCCCCGCCCUGCGAACGUGCCGCCGGUCUCCGUGGCGCCUGUGCACACAGGGCGGGGAACCGCGUCCUGCCAUCGCGACGGCGUGCCCAGCCUCCGGCCUCGCGUCACCGUGCCCCGACCCCCGUGCGGACGCCCCGUUUGCCCCGCGGGGGCUGUGGGCUCGGGAACCUGCCCUCGACCCUCCUGCCGCCGGCCCCCCGCACCACCCCUCCGGGGGCUCCCGCGCCCCGUCUCGCCCGGGGCCCCCGUGGCUCCCUCUCUUGCUCGGACGCCUGCUCGGUUCUAUCCCGCUCAGGAAGGAGAAGCGUCUCGGUUUUUAACGUGCUUCCUUUUUAUGAGGAGAGCAACCCUUUCCGUGUGUUGGCCAUGUGCGUUUUCUUCUGGGUGUUUGCUUUUGUUGUUAAUUUGUAAGAAUUAUGGUUAUUUUUUUGGUUAAUUUAUAAGAAUUAAAGGAGUUCCCGUUGAAAUAGAGCUGCUUUCUGUCUGACCCCAGUAUAAAGUGCAAGCUUGCAGAUACGUUUCCUAUUUUAACCGCUGUGCGUAAGUGUAAUCAGAAGUAUGAGUGUAAAUCGUGGGUGCUGCUUUCAUGGUUAAUUCUUUUUUUUUAAUUUUUAAAAUUUUUAUUUAUUUCUGAGAGAGACAGUCAGACAGAGUGCGAGCA